AGCCACCGUUCUAUAUGAUCAACCUCCUGAAUUCUUCCGGCCUGCUUCACUCGUGGAGAAGCAUGAUUUGUUUUGCAGGAUUAGUAAAAAUAUUAACGAGGUCGUCGGUUCACGUGAUUGCGUAAGCAAUGCAAAUAACAAAGAUCCCAAUUCAACUCCAUUUACGACUAAGGUUGGCAGUGACAUAUUACUGAAGCAAAACAGACCAGCUCUCGUUGUCAGCAGUACAAGCUGGACGGCCGAUGAAGAUUUUGAGAUUCUUCUGGAAGCAGCUGUUAAGUAUGAUAGGCGAGUUGCUGCACGUCUUGGCGAGGAUGACUCAAUUGGGGACGAAGUUGUUUGGGACGAUAUGCAUAAUGGAAAGCUAUGCCCGUACCCAAGGUUACUGUUCAUUAUUACUGGAAAAGGACCUGAGAAGAAGAAAUACGAGGAGACGUUAAAAAAACUUAGGCUGAGACGUGUUGCGUUUCGCACCAUGUGGUUGUCUGCGGAGGAUUAUCCCUUGCUUCUUGGUUCAGCAGACCUGGGCGUGUGCCUGCAUACUUCGUCAUCAGGGUUGGAUUUACCCAUGAAGGUAGUUGAUAUGUUUGGCUGUGGACUACCUGUCUGUGCUGUUUCAUAUUCUUGCAUAAAGGAGCUGGUAAACGUUGAAAAAAAUGGGCUCCUAUUCUCUUCGUCUGCGGAAUUGGCUGAAGAACUUAUGAUGUUGUUCGAGGGUUUUCCAGAAAAAUGUGAUGCGUUGGGGUUGAUGAGGUCGAACUUGAUGGAAAUGGUAUCUUCUGUUAGGUGGGCAACGACAUGGGAAGAAAAUGCCAAACCAUUAAUAUAUGAGGUUAUAUCUCAAUACUCCAGCUGA